AUGUCGAUGGAUAUAACUUUCCUCGGCACAGGCUCAGCGUAUCCCUCUCCAACAAGAGGAGCAUCGGCGUUAGUGCUUCGCAGGGAAGGAGAGUGCUGGCUCUUCGACUGCGGAGAGGGAACUCAAACACAAUUCAUGAAGAGCCAUCUCAAAGCAGGCAGAAUUACCAAGAUUUUCAUAACUCAUCUUCACGGUGACCACUUUUUUGGACUUCCUGGCCUGCUGUGUACGCUUAGCCUCCAAAGUAGCCCCGACCCACGCAAACCGCCUGUUGAUAUUUAUGGGCCCUUAGGACUGCGAAACUACAUAUGGAGGAGUAUGGAGCUCUCCCACUCACAACUUCUCUUUCCCAAACUGGUACCUACACGGGACCAGUGCCCCGCAGAAGAAUUUAAAGAGCUUUCUUAUUUGGACAAAGAUGAGCUAUCUCCCCAGGGAGCACAAGGGAGAAUACUCCACCUGGAUCCAGUAGAAAACUCUUACUUGCUGGUUGAGGAUGAGCAGCUAGUUCUGAAAGCAUUUCGCCUGUUUCACCGCAUUCCUUCCUUUGGCUUUGUGGUGGAAGAGAAGCCCCGGCCCGGUAAACUCAACGUACAGAAACUGAAAGACCUUGGAGUUCAACCAGGUCCUUUAUAUGGGAAACUGAAGAAUGGAACAGCAAUCGUUCUAGAAAACGGAGUAACAAUUUCUCCUUCAGACGUCCUAGAAGACCCUAUUCCUGGAAGAAAAAUUUGCAUUUUGGGGGAUUGUUCAGGGGUGGUUGGAGAUGCGGCCAUGAAGCUUUGCAGCGAAGCAGACGUUCUGAUACAUGAAGCCACACUGGACGAUACCCAAGAGGCAAAGGCCAGGGAGCAUGGUCAUAGCACUCCAAAAAUGGCAUCAGAUUUUGCAAAAUUGUGUAAAGUUAAGAAACUGGUUUUGACUCACUUCAGUCAGCGGUAUAAACCAGCUGCUCAGAGGGGUGAGGGAGAUACGGACAUCACCGAACUGAAGAGACAGGCAGAGUCAGCGUUAGAUGGUCAAGAAGUCACACUAGCCGAGGAUUUUAUGACCAUAGAAGUUCCAAUGAAAAAGUAA